UUUGUCAGAAAAAUCUUAAAUCAUCGCGUUAAAAUUGUUAUAAAUUAAGUAAUUAUACUGUAGAUAUAGUUAGUUAGUGUUUGAACAUUAAUUUAGUAGUUAAUUUAAAAGUUAAAACGGGAUAAUACGUUAGUAGUGAAUUAGAAAUACUAAGGACUUUUCUAUUCAGGAGCUAUGAGCUUAAGCCCAGAUGUACCUGAGGUACGGCUCUUGAAUAUUCAAGUCUAUAUUCACGGAUCCUGGCCGGAUAGCCCUGGCAGCUAAGGCCAUUCAAAUGAAGAGAAGAAGAAGAAGAAGAAGUCUAGACGUCAUUUCAGAUCAGCAUAACAUAACCUCUAAAAAUAUCGUUUUUAAAAGGUUUUCAAUUUUAAAAUUCAAAACAUUUUAAAUCACUUAUUUCAGGUGACAUAAAGGAUUGAAAUAUGGCCCGAAACGCCGAAAAAGCGAUGACAACAUUAGCUCGAUGGAGAGCAGCCCAACUAGGAGAAAUAGAUAAGCACAAAAAACGAAGGCCCUAUCUUGCAUCAGAAUGUAAAAAUUUACAUGCUUGUGAAAAAUGGAGGAUGCAGAUCAUAAGAGAAAUUGCCAAGAAAGUAGCUCAAAUUCAAAAUGCUGGCCUUGGAGAAUUUAGGAUAAGAGACUUAAAUGAUGAAAUAAAUAAACUACUGAGGGAGAAGAGGCAUUGGGAGGAUCAAAUAAAGGAAUUGGGCGGGCCUGACUAUCAGAGAGUUGGACCCAGGAUGUUAGAUCAUGAAGGCAAAGAAGUACCUGGAAAUAGGGGGUAUAAAUACUUUGGAGCAGCUAAGGAAUUACCAG